AUGCGGGAGCGGCGGAGGUCUUGGUCGUUUUUGGCGGUCUUGGAGGUGGAGGUGGUCGGAUGUGGUGGUGGUGGAGGACUAGGCGAUGGUGGAGGUGUUGCUUAUGGCCAAUAUCGUUGUUAUCGUCGUUGGCCACCGACGACAACGGUGACGGAGGUGGCGGCGGUCGGAGGUGGAAGCGGCGAACCCGGCGGGAAAAUAGGGAGGGAUUUCGGAGUGCAGAAAAUCGUCAAUCGCCGGCUGACUGACAGUCACAGUUAUGGGCGCGAAGCCGUUCAAGCAUACGGAAAACGGGCAGCCGGGGCAGCUCCCCACCACCGUUCGGGCAGCUCUCGAAAACACUGCUUUGUAUUGAUUUUUUUUUUUUUUUUUUUUUGUGACAGGGAGUUGUAUAGUAAUAACAUAACUGGUCCGAUACCAAGUGAUCUCGGAAAUCUGACUAAUUUGGUGAGCUUGGAUUUGUACUUGAAUACUUUCAACGGUCCGAUUCCAGCUACGUUGGGGAAGCUGUCAAAAUUGCGAUUCCUCCGGCUAAAUAACAACACCUUGACGGGUCCCAUUCCUUUGUCGUUGACCAAUAUCUCGUCCUUACAAGUUCUGGAUCUUUCAAACAACAUUCUGUCAGGUGAAGUUCCGGAUAACGGUUCGUUUUCUUUGUUUACACCUAUCAGUUUCGCGAAUAAUUUGAACUUAUGUGGACCGGUCACUGGACGACCGUGCCCUGGUUCUCCUCCGUUUUCUCCACCCCCUCCGUUUAUUCCACCACCACCAAUAUCUCUGCCAGGAGGAAGUAGUGCCACUGGAGCAAUUGCCGGUGGAGUUGCUGCCGGUGCAGCUUUGCUAUUUGCCGCCCCAGCAAUUGCAUUUGCAUGGUGGCGUCGCAGAAAACCGAAGGAAUAUUUCUUCGAUGUACCAGCUGAGGAGGACCCUGAAGUACAUUUAGGACAGCUCAAAAGAUUCUCUCUCCGAGAGUUGCAAGUUGCCACCGACACUUUUAGCAACAAAAACAUUUUGGGGAGGGGCGGUUUCGGAAAGGUAUAUAAAGGAAGACUUGCAGACGGCACAUUGGUUGCUGUUAAAAGGCUUAAAGAGGAGAGGACACCUGGCGGAGAGCUUCAAUUUCAAACGGAGGUCGAAAUGAUCAGCAUGGCGGUGCACCGUAAUCUCCUGCGCCUGCGGGGGUUUUGUAUGACUCCGACCGAACGGUUGCUCGUUUAUCCGUAUAUGGCUAAUGGGAGUGUCGCAUCGUGCUUAAGAGAGCGUCCACCUAAUGAACUACCGCUCGAUUGGCCGACAAGGAAGUGCAUUGCAUUGGGAUCCGCGAGAGGUUUAUCUUACUUGCACGAUCACUGUGACCCGAAAAUCAUCCAUCGAGAUGUAAAAGCUGCAAAUAUAUUACUCGACGAAGAAUUUGAGGCUGUUGUUGGAGAUUUUGGUUUGGCUAAAUUAAUGGAUUAUAAAGAUACGCAUGUCACGACUGCAGUUCGUGGUACUAUCGGGCAUAUAGCACCGGAGUAUUUAUCCACCGGAAAAUCGUCGGAGAAAACCGAUGUUUUUGGAUAUGGGAUUAUGCUUCUUGAGCUUAUAACUGGGCAGAGAGCUUUCGAUUUGGCUCGCCUUGCGAAUGAUGAUGAUGUCAUGUUGCUUGAUUGGGUGAAAGGACUACUUAAAGAGAAGAAACUAGAAAUGCUGGUGGAUCCCGAUUUGCAGAAGAAUUACGUAGAAUCGGAAGUGGAGCAGCUAAUACAAGUUGCUCUUUUAUGCACGCAAAGUUCUCCAAUGGAUCGGCCCAAAAUGUCGGAUGUGGUGAGAAUGUUAGAAGGCGAUGGAUUGGCCGAAAAAUGGGAUGAAUGGCAAAAAGUCGAACUUCUUAGACAAGAAGUUGAAUUAAUUGCUCCGCAUUUGACUUCCGAUUGGAUUGUCGAUUCUACUGAAAACUUACACGCUGUCGAAUUAUCGGGUCCUAGGUGACAAGACAACCUAGGAAAAUUACUAGAUUUUUCUGCUUUUGUUUUUCUUCUUUCUUCGAUUCUAUUAGGCGUAUUCGUUGUACUUUGUGCAUAUAUUGUGUGGCUUUUGAAAAGUUCGUGCCGUGACGAAGUGAGUAUACGAGCCAUUUGUAUAACUAAGAAAGUUUGUUAACAUGCGUGUUGGAAGGUUUGUCAUUUUUGUGAACCAUGAAAGAAAGAAGUAUGGAUUGCUGGCUAAUUUGUUAGGUUUUUAUUUACAUGCAGGCUUUGACUUAUUAAUUUUUUUUUUUAA